UUGCCGGCCAUUACCGUUCGUCCGUUCCUUUAUCCAUGAUCUCUCUCUUUCCUUUUUUUCUUAACCACAUUGCCUAAAAAGUUUCUAACUUUUUCUUUCUUUCCCGGAGGAAGGACUCGGUUUUGGGUGAGGAAGAAGAGGAGAUAGAGAGAGUGAGAAAGCGCGGCAAGACCGAACUUUGGCGGUUCGGCGGCUCUACGUCGUCGGUUAGUCGAGUCGUCCUGGAGCUCGCCCGUUGUUUCUCGACGGCGGAGGUGGAAGAAAACGACCAGCGAGCCAUGGACAUUGGCGGUCCAACCGAUGUCCGUCACGUGGCUCACGUCACCUUUGAUCGCUUCAAUGGCUUCCUCGGUCUUCCCUCUGAGUUCGAGCCUGAUGUCCCCAGAAAAGCUCCUAGUGCAAGUGCAACAGUGUUUGGGGUGUCGACGGAGUCAAUGCAGUUAUCGUAUGAUUCGAGAGGCAACUGUGUUCCUGUGAUACUGUUGCUAUUGCAGAGCCGGCUAUAUGAUCAAGGAGGCUUGCAGGUUGAAGGAAUAUUCAGAAUUACAGGAGAGAACAGCGAGGAAGACUUUGUAAGAGAGCAGCUUAAUAAAGGGAUCAUACCAGAUGGGAUCGAUGUCCAUUGUUUAGCCGGACUCAUAAAGGCUUGGUUCAGAGAGCUGCCGAGAGGGGUACUUGAUCCUCUGCCAUCGGAGCAAGUGAUGCAGUGUGAGUCAGAAGAGGACUUUGUCAAGGUUGUGAGACUCUUACCUCAAACUGAAGCUUCUCUUCUCAACUGGGCCGUCAAUCUCAUGGCUGAUGUUGUUCAGUUUGAGCAUGUUAAUAAGAUGAACUCUCGUAACCUUGCUUUAGUCUUUGCACCAAACAUGUCUCAGAUGGCAGAUCCUUUAACUGCCUUGAUGUAUGCGGUACAAGUGAUGAAGUUGCUCAAGAGUCUCACGGAGAAAACUGCGAGAGAAAGGGAAACUUCAUCUCCUGGGGUCGAGAGAAGAGGCAACAAUGAAGUGGAAGUUAGCAAGAAGGAAGAAGACAGUGAAGAAGAAGAUGAUGGUGUGUACAUGAUUAAGGAGCAAGAAGCACCAGAGAGAAUAAGAGUGGCUGCUGAUGAGCAGAAGUCUGGAGGCAUGAAGAGUGAGUUUGAGGGAUCUAGUGCUUUGGAUCCAAAUGAUAAUGAUGGAGCUGUGCAGCCACCAAUUUGCACGAAUCGUAUAGGAAGCAAGUGAGAUUUGAUGGGUCUUUUUUUUAAUAGCUAUUUUGUGUGUUUGGAUGCUUUAUUGUAUUGCAUAUGUAACUUCUAAGCAGUGUAGUUUGUUGUUUAAUGUUGAUAUGAUAUGAGACUAACUCUGUGGGAAGAACACCACAAUUGUAUCUGCC